AUGGGAAUGCAAACUGAGAAGGUUAGGUUUAAUGUUGGAGGUGAUCUUUAUGUCCCUCCUCACAUACCUGACAAAUUAUUCUACAGGGAAGCUCUCUACUAUGGUUUAUUCGCUCAAGCAAUUAGAGCAAGUCCUGAUGGAGGUUGUGCUGUGGCUCAUGGUAGCGUCGUUCGUAUAUAUGACUGGAUGCUUGAAGAACACCAGUCAUUAAAUCUUGAUUACCGAAUAGUUAACGAUACUGAGUGGAUUGAUUCAGAGAAUUUAGUGAUGAGUGUUUGCCAAGGCCAGAACUUAAGUUGGGAAGUUGGAGGCAUAGGUGUUGUUAGUUCAUCAACAGGGAAAUUGAGGCACAGAUUUCAGUUAAACGAAGAAAAAGAUAAGGUCAAAGGCUUCGACGCUGGAGCUUUAUGUUUUAACUCUGAUAAUAAAAUAUUUGCUAGUAGUAGUGGAAAAAGUAACAAAGGACUUGGAGUAUGGGAUCAAGUUACCGGGAAACUAAUUGCUGUUUCAAUUCUAAAAGUCGCAUCAAUGUUUUGGAUUUUUAGAGAUAAACGAAUUGUCUGGUCUUGGUCUGAUGAUAAGUUUACUUGUAGUAGUACUCAUGUUGUUGAUGCUAUUCCAUUAGGAGAAACUAAUUCUAUUUGUGUGGUUCGUAAUAAUGAAAAUUUGGGAUUUUUAGAUUUCAGAAAUCCCAAAGAACGCGUGAGAUGGAAUUCGUAUAGUAGGAUCAAAGACGUCAAAAAUCAUGGUCCUAACUUAGUUCCUGUUGAUCAUCCUAAGUUAAUGUUUCAUGAAGGGCAGCUUUUCUGUUCCAUUGAUGAUGAUAUAACUGUGUAUCAUGGUGGUGUUGAUCAAUAA